UAAUAUUCAAGACAAAUCAUCUUGAAAUGUUAAAAUAAAGGACUGAUCAGGAUUAAACUCAGUAGUUCAUCAAGUUCAUCAGUCUCGGGCUUCUGAGUUUUCAAACCGUUGGACGAAGGAAGCAAGGUUGUCAAGCUUGUCUAGAGGUAUACGGUGUCUCUUAGUCUACAUCAACCUGAAGAAACACUCGGAUCAUUGAACUUGAAAUGUAUUUAUUUUCCUUAUUUUCUCUUCCUUUAGAGCUAAGAGAUUACAAGUCUUUAAGGUGGCAGUGGUCUCCCAUACAUUCUAUCGCAGCAACAGAAAAACAGAAACCGAAGAUGACGUUAAAUGAGACCGAGGUGGUUAUCCUCACAGUCCUGUACGCCAUCACGAUGCUCGUAGCAUUUGCAGGGAAUGGUUUCCUCAUCCAUAUCGUGUGGAAGAAACCUGAAGUAAGAUCGCUGACAAGCUUCAUGUUCGUCAACAUGGCCAUCGCUGAUUUGCUGGUGACACUGAUUGUGAUGCCCUGGUCGAUUGCCCAAGUACAUACUGACGCCUUAUGGAUGAUACCAGGAGUAUUUGGAGAAGUCAUGUGCAAAGGUGUGGUAUACAUUGCCUAUACCACAUUAACAGCGUCCAUCCUCUGCCUGACAUUCAUAGCAGUCGAUAGGUACUAUGCCAUUGUUCAUCCCUUCCGCCGCUAUCUUUGGUUCCGAAAGCCUAAACUGACAGUACCGUUUAUUUGGAUCUUGUCACUGGCCUUUAUGUCCAUUUUCCCUGUUGUUCAAACCGUGGAAGACCACAAUUCCGAAUGUAUGCUAUCUGUUUACGUUUUGGGUGAUCCAUUCAGGGCCCUGCGAGGGAUAUUCCUCCUCCUGGUAGUGGUCAACUAUCUGAUUCCUUUGAGUGUUAUUUCUGUCAUUUAUACUGUUACCGCACGGAGGUUAUGGUUCCAUGUUGCACCUGGAGUGGAACAUUUGACAGGAAACCGAGAGCAACUCGAAACCUCGAAGAGGAGAGUGGUUAAGAUGCUCAUCAUUGUUACCUGUACCUUUGCCCUUUGCUGGCUCCCAGCACAGGUGGUCCAC